GGAUCGUGGAUCUCGAGGUAGGCGAGGCUUGUCAUCAAAAGAGAGACAAAUGGAGAGGAAUCUGAAGACAAGUUGUUAUGGCUCCAUCAUCCAAAUGGGUGCUUCUCUGCCAAGUCCUUUAUGAAAUCGCUUCAAAGAGAUUGCCUUCUUCGUCAAACACUGGUAAUACUGAAGAGUUCCCUUGAAAAAAAUUCGGGCAGGUUAAAGUUGGGAGCGUGCUUGAUGUGGGUUAUCUGGAAAACUAGGAAUGAUGUCAUAUUCAAUAAAGGAAAAAUUCAGUUGGAGAAGAUGUUACAGGAUGUUGCUUACUGGUAUACUCUGAACUCCUGUGAACUGAACACCUCGACCCUUCUAACUGAACAAGAUAAGUUAAAUUAUGUUGAUUGUGUAUGGGUUCCUCCAUCUCCACUCAAAAGGAAGAUCAACUUCGAUGGUGCAGCUGGCUCUAAAGGCUAUGCUUGUGCUGCAGUUUCCAGAAAAUCUCAGUCUGAAGUUGAUGGUUGUCUAACAAGAGUUCUAGAUAUCAGCUCUCCUGUAGAAGCUCAAACUCAAGGUGCUCUGCUGAAUGUUGAACUGGCCAUCAGUAUGGGGUUACAUCAUAUUAUUGUAGAAGGAGACUCUAUGCGAUACCGUCACUCACCUACUCCUUGGCGGAUCAAGAACAUAAUUUCCAGAGUUAAGGAAAAGCUAAGUUUGUUCACCUCUUGAGAGUUUAAUUUUAUCAAAAAGGAUGCCAAUAGUAGAUUAUGCUGUAGAACAUAACCCCUCUACGCACCGGUUAUUCCCUUCUCCUUCGUGUAUCCCUCACAUCUUGUGUGGGUCUUC